GCACAGAGUGUGACACACAGGUAUGUCUGAGUGAAAUGAGAGUUCAUUUAAGGACUUGUGAGCAAUAUGUAGAAAAAUAUGGACCUCUACAAGAGCUCGGAGACACAGUAACAAGAUAUGCCUGUCCAUUUUGCCAGUGUGAGUUGCAUGAAGAUGAUCUAAUGGACCAUUGUCUCACUUAUCAUAGAACAGAAAGGAGAGCAGUGUACUAUCCAAUUUGUCAUUUAAUACCUGGUGGAGAUCCAAGCUAUUUUAGCAGGAAUUUUAUAAGGCAUCUUCAACUCAGACACACAUUCAACCAUGAAGACUACAUAAUGUGGAAACUGAAGCACAAGAGAAGUUAAGUGUCUUGCUUAAAGCAACACAAGAAAGCUGCAGCAGACCCUGAAAUACCACAGAUCUCCCCGACUCCCAGUCACUUGCUUUAACCACAAGGCCAUGAUGACUUUCAACCUGUGCUGGAUAUGAACAGGAUUUGUAAGAUUCACCCCUUUUCCAAUCCUCAAAACAAAGUGUGGAAAAACUGUCCUGUCUACACUGCAGCUGCUAUCACUAGUAGCAUCAGGGAAGCUGCAUCAACGCAAAAAUAAAAAAAAGGCUUCAAAUUUUCCCAGUGUGCAUGUACCCAAAAAGGUAGUAGCAGAGCUGGGAACAGAACUCAGGAGUCAAAGCAUUGCCAUGUAAUCAUCAGAAAUAAAACACUAAUCAUUACAAUCAUUUUGUCUGAGGAAACAUGCAGUACGUAAUUAUAAUAAUGAAAUCUCUAUUUAGCCGGUGUUAGCAUAUUACAGAGUCAGCCUCUUUACAACACCCAAGUCGUGUUUCUGGUGAUUUUAUUAAACUGAGUGAAAGUACUGACUGCUCAUAUUUAUCAAACCAGGUGUGUACAUCAAACCUUAAUAUUCAAAACCAUUGGAUAGGUAUGCUGGGAUUUUUGCAGUACUUUGUAAGAGUAUUGGCUAAACAGUAACCACAUAUCUAAGUAUCUGUUUGUCCUUGUCUGUUUUGCUGGAUACAUAACAUGCAUCAAUAUUUCUAUAACAAACUCCCAUAGUUUUUGGAAUGAUUCCUCUAAUUUUGGGCUAUUUUUCUUUUUUCCAAUGAGAAGCUAUCAGCAGCCUAGCAGCUACUAGCAGAUGACAGAUUAAUUCUUCAUUUCUUUGAGUCUGAACACUUCUGUUAGG